ACCUGGGGGGCAGAUGGAGGUGCGCCUGGCAUUGAAAGCAUUCGGCUUCAUUGUUCUGGAUGUGGUGGGAAUCCCAGGUAACCUGGCGGUCUUCCUGCUGUUCUGCCAUUUGUUAGUGGCACAGGGCCACAUGGCACACAACGAGUUAAUCCUCAGCCAGCUGGUCCUCGCCAACCUGAUGGUGACGCUGUGCCAGGGCAUUCCUCAGGUUCUGACCGCCCUUGAGAUUUCCAUGAUCUUCAGUGAUCAAGCCUGUAAAGCGAUCAUCUUUAUCUACCGUGUUGGCCGCGCCAUGUCCAUCACCACAACCUCCCUGCUGAGCUCCUACCAGUGCGUGGUCAUUGCCCCGCCCAACCCUGGAUGGACCUGGCUGAAACGCUGGCUUCCUGGCCACCUCCCCCACGCCAUCGUCUUCCUCUAUGGCCUCAACAUGGUCGUCUACUCUACUUCCAUCCUCUUUGCCCAGGGUCCCUCGCCCAACGGCACAGUCCCAGAAUUCACAAUUAGCCUGAAGUUCUGCUUUGUGGUGUUCCGAGGACACACAGCUUACAGGGUCGCUGGCAUGGCGUACACUUUACGAGACUUCACUUUUGUCGGCCUGAUGGCGGCGGCGGCAGUGUACGUGAUGCUGGUCCUGCAUCGGCACCGCCAGCAGGUUCAGGGCCUGCAGGGGGCCGGCCGGAAGACGGAGGAGGCAUCGCGUGCCGUCCUGCUGCUCGUGAGCACGUAUGUGGUGCUGUUCGGCUUGGACAACGCGUUGUGGUUCUCCUCGACCUUCAUCACUCACGAGCACCCGGCCGUCACCGACACACGCGUCUUCGUCGCCUCCUGCUACUCCAGCAUCAGUCCUGUGCUCAUCAUAGCCACCAACAAGAAGCUGGCCACCUACUUUCAGUGCAGCUCCAAACGCAAGACAGCAGAAAACAUCCCCAACAGCACAGAGACCAAGGCUUCGCUGGUUACAAUAACACAAUGAGGAUGUUGAAGAGUGGAAUUUCGGGAGGUAGGGAGGGGGAAAGGCUGUCUUCUCUACUGGUGUAAUCUAUGCUGUCAUAAUACUAUUUUAAUAAAUGUGUAAUAAAUUUUAACAAAAGAAUGUGGUGAAAUUCUUUUUUUAAAAAGCGAUUUGAUUCAAGUGUAUUUUAUAUGCUUCCCAUGCUCUUACAUGUGUAUGUACAGUAUAUACAUAAACCAUUUACAAGAAAAUGUACGUACUAUAUAUUAAUUAAGAAUAAAAUAUUCAAAUUAAAGUGCUUGAAAUAAAUGUAUUACUGAAGGAAGUGAAUUUUCCUUGUAUAUAAUCAAAGUCCUGGCCUGUUUUCGAGUCUUGAGCUUGAAUAUUGUCUGACAGACUCUGAUGUCAUUACACCUGCUGA